AUGUCAUCAUUUCCUGGACCCUCAAGUUUCGAUCUCAGUUGUGAGAUUGUCAGAUUAGCGUAGGGCUUGGACGAUGAUGGCUGUGGUGCAAGACUAGUUCCAUCCAUCCAUCCACCCAUCCAUCCAUCCAUCCAUCCAUCCUAAUCCGUUGCCGGGUCACAGGGGCUUCAAAAGGCUGUGCUAAACUCUCCUGGGUAACAUCCAGCAGCUCCGGCCGGAGGAUCCCCAGACGCUCCCAGGCCAGUGAAGUGAUAUCAUCCCUCCACCUGCUCCUUAUCUCCAACAGCAGCUGAUGAUCGAAGGAGAAGAUACUUCAGAACAGCAGGAGUGCAGCUCCAGUAUGAGUCAAGAGGGACAAGAACAUCCUCUCAUUAAAGAAGAAAAAGACGAGAUCCAGACCUUCCUCAUUGAUGUGAAGAGUGAAUAUGAUGAGGCUGGAACCAGCAGCUUUGAUCAACAACUGAAAACAGAAGAGGAAGAAAUUGAGAGUCAAGUCAACAGAACCACAGCCUCCCCUCUGUCUCUUGUGAAGAGUGAGGAUGAUGAACUUGGAAUCAGCAGCUUGACACAACAAGUGAAAACAGAAGCUGAUGGAGACAAGUGUGGAGGACCAAACCCAGCCAGCGACUUGGACACAUCUCUUCAUGCUGACCAGCAGAGGUCGCUGUGCUCUGAAUCUGACACUGACGACAGUGAAGACUGGGGAGAAACCAGUAACAAUCAUUCUGCUUCAAACUCUGUUGAGGAUCCAAAUAUUUGUGGACAAAAAGGAGAAAAAAAGUCAUUUAAGUGCUCACAUUGUGGUAAAUGUUUCUCUGCUUCACUUAACCUGACUCGGCACAUGAGAAAACACAAGGGAGAAAAAACUACUAGGUUCUCUCUGUGUGAUAAAUCUUUUUCGACAACAACUACACUGGGCAGUCACAUGAAUAUUCACGCUGAAGAAAAACCUUAUUGCUGCACUCACUGUGGUAAAUGUUUCAGAUAUCCGUCCGAUCUGAAAUAUCACACAAGAAUUCACACUGGAGAAAAACCCUAUAGCUGCACUUGCUGUGGUAAAUGUUUUUCUCUGCAACGCCAUUUGACAUGCCACAUGAGAAUUCACACAGGAGAAAAACCUUAUGGCUGCACUAACUGUGGUAAAUGUUUCAGAACUUCAUCCGACCUGAAAAAACACAUGAGAAUUCACACAGGAGAAAAUCCUUUCAGCUGCACUCAGUGUGGUAAAUAUUUCCGUGGUACAACAGAGCUGAAAAGACACAUAAGAAUUCACACUGGAGAAAAACCAUACAGCUGCACACUGUGUGGCAAAUGUUUUUCUCAGAAAGGUGUGUUGAAUAUUCACAUGAGAGUUCACACUGGAGAAAGACCUUAUAUCUGCUCUGAGUGUGGUAGCUCUUUUAAAGACAGUGGGACUCUGAAGUCUCACAUGGCAGUUCACACUGGAGAAAAACCCUAUCUCUGCUCCCAUUGUGGGAAAUGUUUUACACGGAGAAAGAACUAUAUGGCCCACAUGAGGGUCUUUCAUCAAAUGUCACUGAAUGGAGAAGUGAAGUCUUAAGCCUUUGGAUGCCAGAGGUUGUCAUAUCACUAUUUUAAGUAGCUGUACCAUGACUGUCAGAAAUGAGGGUACACUAUUAAAGAGAAGUUGGUGUCACCCAAAGUCGGGUGUGUAUGUUAUGACGUCAGUCGGGGAUAUCCAAUUCAAUAGCUUUUUCAGAUGUGUAUCUUAUUCAUUGGUUAUUCUUUUCUUCAUCUCUCAUGCAACGACAGUGAUGAUGGUGAGGCCCCAUCACUGAACACCAGGAAUAAAAGACACAGGAGGCAGACAAUGAGAUCUGGACGACAGAUGACUUGUGACGUGUAGUCAGAAGCUUGCUUCAUAGACGUGCUAAUAUGCUGCAGAUGUGCUGUUUUAUAGCGCCCUCUGCUGGAGGAGUCACUGUAGCUUCAUGAUGAAUCAAUCAGCCUGUGUGCACGUGUCAGUCCAGCACAUUGAUUCAAAGCAGCAAAAUGAGUUUAGUCUUCCUGGUCAUAUUUCCAUCUGUCACAUGCUCCUAAAUACUAGUGAUGGGUACAUGAGGCAUCAUAAAGCGUUUCGACACAAUGACUCACUGUGCUGAUACUGUGUUGAUACUGUGUGACUGAAUACUGACACCUGCUGGCCAUUAAAAAUCCCUGCAGGCAACCGACUCCAGAGACUGAACUGACACUGAUUUG